UUUCCAUUAGCAAACAUUUGGGUUAAAACCGAAAGUAAACCCGUUUCUGAAAAUCAAAUGACAGAGCGGGGUAAGUUUCCUUCCGUUGAAAAACGAUCACCUGAAAAUCGAAGUCUUCUCUGAGCAGAAAUUGAGCUUCAUCACAAUUAGGGCACGCGAACGCAAAAUAAUGAGGAAGAGAACUGUGUGGGCAUGGGUAGUUGCAAUCUUCUGCUUCAUAGUGCUAAUGAUCGUCACUCCAGCAAUUCCUCAGUCUCAAGAAUAUCACAAUUUUGCUGAUCAACGCCAGUUUUUGGGGAUUCCCAACGCACUGAAUGUGGUUUCGAAUUUCCCUUUCCUUGUGAUCGGUCUAAUAGGUCUUGUACUUUGUCACCACGGUAACUAUUUCAAGCUGAGCUUGCAAGGAGAGCUUUGGGGUUGGACAUGUUUCUAUAUUGGUGUAGCAGCCGUUGCUUUUGGGUCCUCAUACUAUCAUCUCAACCCAAAUGAUGCUACUCUUGUGUGGGAUAGAUUGCCAAUGACUGUGGCAUUUACUUCUAUCGUAGCUAUCUUUAUUAUUGAAAGAAUAGAUGAAAGAAAGGGAACUUUGUCUCUCAUUCCAUUGCUUCUGGCUGGUGUAAUUAGUAUCAUGUAUUGGAGGUUCUUUGAGGAUCUCCGUCCUUAUGCGGUAGUUCAGUUUGUACCGUGCCUAGCCAUCCCAGUCAUGGCUAUCUUGUUACCUCCAAUGUACACUCAUUCCACUUAUUGGUUGUGGGCUGCAGGAUUUUAUCUUUUAGCUAAGAUUGAAGAAGCAGCGGAUAAGCCAAUCUACAACUGGACUCAUCACAUCGUCAGUGGCCACACGCUCAAACAUUUAUGUGCUGCAAUGGUGCCUGUCUUCUUGACAUUAAUGCUUGCCAAAAGGGACACUGAAACAAAUAGGAUCAGUUUAUAUCAAAGUUGGAGAAUAUCUUGGAGUAAAGCAAAAGAAAGUGGAGCAGAAGUGGAGAGUUACACUUGUACUUAUUCAAGUGUCCCUGUUGAGGAAUCACGUUGAAGGGAGUGCUUGCAUUUCAUUGACAGAAACUCUUUAUUUUACUGUAAACAGAUAGGAAGGCUAAAACAAGUCUCUAGAAUAAUUAAUCUGGUUCUUUCUUGUGCAUCCGAAAGAAAGAUUCAUACUUUUUAUCAGUGUAUACAAGUCACAUGUUAAUGUAUAAAAGUAAGUUUUGUGCCAUGUA